AGAACGAGAGGAAGUACACAAUCAAAACACGCAACUCAAUUACUUUCACUGCCCUGCAAAAUUUCUUCUUCUCAUCCAUCUCUUCAUUCAUCUGCUUCCUACAAAAUUCAAACAAACCAAACAUCAAGUGAGAAGCUGGGUUUUCUGAGAAAAUGAAGAUCUUCACUUUGCUGGUCUUCUGCAUUUUUCUAUCUUCAGGCGACAGUACCAGUACUUUCUCCUACGACCAUUCAGCAACCGCAGAGUGCUUGAAAGAGCUGGAGAGAGUUCAAUACAAAGGAGGAAUAGUGUAUAAUCCUGAAUUCAAUUAUGGGUUAGAAGGUUGGACAGAGUCUGGAGGAGGGGCAAAAAGAGAAGUCAGAUCAAAAGGAGGCAACAAGUUCAUUGUGCUGCAUGAUAGAACAAAAUCAUUUGACAGUUUAUUGCACAAUGUUCAACUUCAGAAAAGCAAUAUCUAUAGUUUUAGCGCUUGGGUUCAAACCAAUAAAGGAACCGAGACUAUUGCUGUUGUAUUUAGAACUCCUUCUGGAGGAGAGAUUAUUGGUGGAAGAAUCGAGGCUAAACAUGGAUGUUGGUCUUUGCUAAAAGGCGGAAUGGUUGCGAAUUUCUCAGGGUCUGUUGAUGUUCUUCUGAAGACAAAACAUAAAGCAGUGGAUAUAUGGGUGGACAAUGUGUCACUACAGCCUUUCACCCCACAACAAUGGAGAUCCAACCAAGAGAAAAUCAUUGACAAGAUUCGGAAGAGCAAAGUAAGAUUUCGUGUAAGUACUGUGAAUGGAACGAUAGUAGAAGGUGCUGAAAUCUCAAUCAACCAAGUGAAGUCAGAUUUCCCGUUCGGGUGUGGGAUGAACUAUCAUAUCCUCACAAGCCAAGACUAUCGAGACUGGUUUUCGUCAAGAUUUAGAUUCUCCUCUUUCACGAACGAAAUGAAAUGGUAUAGCACUGAGAAAAAACCGGGGGAAGAGAACUACACAAUCCCUGAUGCCAUGAUGAGUUUCUGUAGAGAAAAUGACAUAUUUGUGAGAGGUCACAACAUACUGUGGGACAAUCCCAAAAUGCAGCCUAGUUGGGUCAAAAACCUUCCUUCUGAUGAACUUCUUGUGGCAGCAAUUAGAAGAACAAACUCUGUUGUUUCAAGAUAUAAAGGACAAUUAAUCUGCUGGGAUGUGAUGAAUGAGAAUUUGCAUUUCAGAUUCUACGAAGACAAACUUGGCGAAAAUGCUUCUGCAAUUUUUUACUCGUUGGCUUACGGUCUUGAUUCAUAUACCUCCAUGUUUAUGAACGAGUAUAAUACGAUCGAGUUGGGUAAGGACGCUUCUUCAACUCCUAUCAAAUACAAGGAGAAGAUCCAGCAACUUCUGUCAUAUCCAGAAGUUAAAGGCAUGUUAGCAGGAAUAGGAUUGCAGGGCCAUUUCAAUGAUGAACAACCAAACAUUCCCUACAUAAGGACUGCUUUAGACAUUCUGGGCACCACAGGAGUUCCUAUAUGGCUUACAGAAGUGGAUGUUGAGAAAAACCCAAAUCAGGCAGAAUAUCUAGAAGAGAUAUUGAGAGAAGCAUACUCACAUCCUGCAGUAGAAGGGAUAAUCAUAUUUGGAGGACCAAUAGUAGCUGGGUUUAGUAACAUGACAUUAGCAGAUGAAAAUUUCAUGAACACACCAACUGGGGAUGUAGUUGACCAGCUGAUCAAAGAGUGGAGGACUGAAAAUCAAACAGCACUGGCUGAUAAUCAAGGGUUCUGUGAGAUUAAUCUCUUUCAUGGAGAUUAUAAGGUGACUGUGAAACAUCCAUUGACCAAUAUUUCUAGUGCUUUUGAUUUGAGGGUCACCAAGCAGAUUCCUAGACAAUCCGUCAAUAUUCAGAUUGGAAACAUAUAGAUAUAUAUUAAUAUCCUCUCCAUCAUUUUGAUGUUGCACUAGAUUAUUGAAAGAGGUUAAUGAAAUAUUCCUGAAGUACAACCUA